UUUCUGUAAACUAAAACUACUGACUACCAUAUUUGUUUUAAAAAUUUGUAUCAGACUACAGAAUUAACACAAGGAUAUAUAUUUACAAUUAUUUAAAAAUGUGUCUGAACUGGGAUUUCUAUUUAGACAUUUUGUGUUCUUUUUUAAUAAAUACGUACGAAACAUUUUCUUCUGGAUGUAGAGGAAAGAAGAAAAAAAAGUACAGAAAAACUGAAGAUAAAAAAAACGAACUGAAAGUGAAAAUACUAUUAAGUCGUGUUGGAAUCGGAUACUUGAUAAAUAUAGGAGGAUUUAUAAUUGUUUGUUUUACAAAUAGAGACACCGAAGAUGAAGGGGACAUUGCAUUCUUUUUGUUUUGUUUUAUUGUUAUAUAUACAGUGUGCUUCUAUGCAUUUAUAACAUUUUUGCUUGUUUACAGAAUAUGCAUGUUCUCUAGUAAAAAAGAACUUUUAUCUGACAGCAGAUUUGAGCGUUUUAUGAUGAUAUACCGUUGUUUAGAAAUUUUAUUCGAUCUAGUAGUUUUACUGUACAGCUUAAUUUUGUCCGAAUGGGAAAUGACAGAAUUCACUAUUGCAACAACGGCAUUGUCAGUUUCGGAUAUUGUCGUUAAUGUUUUAAUAGUUUUGAAAAACUGUUGUGACUGCUAUAAUGAAGAAGACUCCGAUGAUUUUGGCAUUGAAGAUCAACAACGGGGAGAAGACAAUAAAGCUAUUACAUUGGAAAUUGAAACUGAUAAGGACGAAACAGUAGAAAUGAAAACAGAAAUAAUUGAUAAAUAUGUUCCAGGCAAAGGUAACAAAAAUAGAAUUUGUUCUUUAACUUGCGGAGAAGUCCUGAUAACUGUAGAAAAGGGAGAUAUAACAAAGAAAAAGGUAGAUGUAAUUGUAGUUACCGCUAGAUUGGAUUUAAAAUUAGAAAAAGGCGUUCUUUCAAAGGCCGUUCUUUUGGCAGCGGGGAAGGACAUCCAAUUGGCCUGUAACAAGAAACAACCUAUUCAAGGCGAUGACAUAAUUGAGGUCAAAGCCGGUAACCUACCAUGUGAAGAAGUAUACUUUGCGAAUCUAAAACAAUGGGAGGAUUACAACGAUGACAGUUGUGCCAGACUUAAUUUGCAACAAUUGGUAUUGCAAUGUUUGUUGAAGUGCGACGAGGAAAGAAAGAAAAGUAUAGCGUUUCCAACACUGGGUACUGGUUCCCUUCACUUUCCGACAAAUGUAAUGGCAGAAAAUUUAGCUACUGGCUGUAUGACCUAUUGCCAGAAGCACAAACCAAAGCACAUUGAUCGUAUUUAUAUACUUGUGCAUAAUGAUGAAAACAGUAGUAACAAAGGAGAAGAAGAAAUUGCAUUAAAGAAAGAAUUCCAAAAAUUGAAAGAUAAAAUAAAACAAAAUGAAGAUCAUGGCAAAAGGCGUAAAAAGCACCUAACACAUAAAAAAAAGAGUGAUCCUUUAGCAGAUAUCGACUCCAAUAGUGAAGACGAAGAUACAGAAAACUUCAAUUUUGGUGCUGUUAAAUUGAAAGUGAAAAAGAGUGAUAUAACAACAUCAAGGGCUGACAUUUUCGUAUCUACAUUCCCAAUGGAUAUGAAGACUGAAUCGAGUGUUAUUUUCAAAUCAUUAGUGGAUGUUGGCGGUCGGAAAAUAUUAACCGAUUGCACUCGAAAGAAUCGAAAAAUAGGCGAUAUAUUUACAAUUGAUGGUGGCGAAUUAAGCUGCAAAUAUAUUUACUUUGGUGUUUUACCACAUUGGAAUGAGAAAGGAACAUUUAAGCCUACAAAAGUGCUUAAAGACAUAAUAGGCAAAUCGUUAUCGAAUGCACACAAACAUAGAUCAGGUAAAGUAGCUUUUCCAACUCUUGGAACAGGUGGAUUAGGAUUUCCAAUGCAAGUAGUGGCAAAGACAAUGAUUGAUUGUAUCAGAAAUUUUUCAUCAGCACAUCCGAGUACAGAGUUAAAAAGAAUAGAUUUUGUAGUUUAUAAAAACGAUAGAAAUUGCGAUCGAGAUUUUAAGACUGUAUGUGAAGAAUGCAAAAGGAUUAGACUUGACUCAUCUCCAGGUUAUACAACUCAUAUGCCAAUAGUAAGAGUGACGACAGAUGAUAUUCUACUACAAAAGACGGAUGUUAUUGUUGUCGGUUUACCGUUGGAUUCAAAAUUUGAAGAAAGAAGGCUAUCGAACAAACUUUUGCAAGAAACAAAUGGCGAAAUAGGUAGAGACUUCAAGAAGUCGUAUGGGAAUGGUCUUAGUCCAGGAGUUGUUGCUAUUUUAAGCAGUUGUAAAUUAGAUUGUGAGAAGCUAUUUUUUGGCUGGGUUCCAAAAGAAAAUGAGGCAAAUAACGGAAAAGAGGUUCUGGAAAAGUUUGUUAUGAAAUGCAUUAGCAGUGCUCAUGAAGAUUACGACAGCAUAGCGUUCCCUAGCUUUGUCGAGGAAUGUAAUUAUCAAGUUGAAACUGUUGCAAAGAUUUUCAAUCAAAAGAUAACAGAAUUUUCAGAUGAAAGGAAAACGAAAAAUCUUCAAGACUUCCAAAUCACGAUUAUAGCAUCUGAUAGGAAAGAGAAAACGGUUCUUCAGAAGUAUUUUCCUCAUAUUGGAUAAUGAUUGCCUCGAAUUACGUUUAAAGCCAGAUUCAUGUUUGAUAUAUAUUCAAAGAAAAAGAACAGAAUUUAUAUGUUUGGUCUAUUGAAUGGCUUUUAGUUUUUUGUACACAUGUUGUUGUCAGUGUUAUGGAUCUUUAAUGUAGAUACAGUUAUAUAGAUCUGUUUUGUUUUAAGUAUACUUAUUUCAAGACCUGUACUGCCAAGCCUUUACAUUAAAGGGUAGGGGUUACAAUUUUAACAUCUGAUCAAUGUAUAUGCCAAUUGCUUUAUAGGCUGACAUUACUGACGCUGUUAAACCCUCAGAUGUUAAGUAAAAAUAUUAUUUUGUAACUGUUAUCUUCUAUCAAACAACAGUAGUAUUUGAAAUAAAAUAGAUUAUUUUAUUAUUUA